UCAGUGGCCAGGCCACAUAUUGUUGUGUGUAGUGUUGAAUGUCUUGUCUGCUAAAUGUGUUUUAAAUAGUAAUUUGGGCGACGAAUUUGUACGUUCCAUCGUGGUUUUUCCUCGCAGCAUCGAAAUGUAUGUGUAGCGUGUAUUUCUCUGAGCUGUACACGCCGUCAAGUUGUUUUGUGUUGACACGAAAUGGGGUUUACUCUUCGGAGAAACCGCAUUAUACUCGCAACAGUAUUGUUUUUGCUUCCUGUUAUUUUCUUGAUUAUAACAUCGGAUGGUGGUAACAGAGUUCUAAAAACUGGUGUGGAAGUUGAUCCAUCUAUCAUUGAAAGAUUGAAAGGCCUGUCUAUGAGACUCCGUCUUGUAGAAUCAAAGAAUGAUGAAGUUGCUCAAAAUUUGAUAUCCAUUAGGUCAUCAUCGUCAUUACAUCAAUAUAAAAGUGCAUUAAGAAACAAUAGAACUAAAAUUAAAGAUGCAGAAUUUCUGAACAAUACUCAAUUAACACUACCUAGUAUAUAUAAUUAUAUGUCACACUUAUUGGGAAGCAAGAACAGUUUGGUGCCAGCAACUCAAGUCUCAGCUGGCAGACAUGGAGUUUCCCUUGCUUUUGGAGUUCCAACUAUCAAGAGGGACAAGGCCAGUUAUGUUUUAAACACAAUCCAGUCACUUAUAACAGGAAUAUCGGAUGAGGAGAAAAGAGAUUGUAUACUCAUUGUAUUUAUAGCAGAAAUUGAAGAUAAAAUCUUUGUAAGCAAGCUAAUCAAAGAACUGAAAGACAGGUUUCAUAGCUAUAUUCGUUCAGGAUUAAUAGAAAUUGUCGUCCCGCCAAAAGAAUUUUAUCCCGAUUUGAAUAACCUUCCAAAAGAUGUAACUUUCCACGAUCCUCCUUUGCGAGUGAAAUGGCGAACAAAGCAGAAUCUGGACUUUUCAUAUCUCAUGAUGUACGCACAGCAGAGAGCUCGGUUCUAUGUUCAGCUCGAAGAUGAUUUAAUUGCAACACCUGGAUACGUGAGUACAAUACGAACCUUUGCUUUGCAACAAACUGAGAAUCGUUGGAUGAUCCUUGAAUUCUCGUCCCUUGGUUUUAUUGGAAAACUAUUCCGAACAAGUGAUCUACCAGCGAUUGUUGAGUUCUUCCUUAUGUUUCACAAAGAUAAGCCUGUUGAUUGGCUACUCGAUCACAUACUGUGGGUUAAAGUGUGCAGCCCGGAUAAGACCAGAAAAACAAAACAAAUACGCUUUCGCUCGAGCAUGAAAUAUAGGAUUCCGGACCGUGGUCAGAUAUCGGCUCACUGCAAUCGAGAAAAGGCUCAGUUACGAAUCCGUUUUAAGCCUUCUCUGUUUCAACAUGUUGGAAAGGAAUCAUCAUUGCCUGGAAAGAGACAGAAUUUAGUUGAUAAGGAUUUCAAGAAAGCUCCAUUGUUUCAAGCUCAUCUUAAUCCGAAGGCGUCAGUAAUCACAACAAUCAAUGUGUACCAAACCCAUACGAUAGAAAGGGCGUACACCGGGCAGAGUUUCUUUUGGGGUCACACCCCACACAAGGGAGAUGUUGUUCGGUUCAAGUUCGAUGAAGAACUUUAUCUUGAACAUUUUCGUAUCAAUACUGGAAAUGUGGAACAUCCUGGUGACAUUUCCAAUGCAUCUGUCGAGAUUUUGACAACAGAGAGCAAGUUGAAAAGAGAGAAAUUGUCCCAUGAAACUCCUGCAUCUGACGUGGAAGCACAGAAAACGUUUGUAAAAGGAGAAUUUUUGCCUAAUGAUUAUAUUCGUGUGGGUAAAUUUGUGAACGGUCUUGCUGAUUAUGCUGUCCCAGCUACGAUUGGUAAAGUGAGUGAGCUUCUGAUUAGAGUCAAUGAUCAUACUGGACAAAACUGGGUGAUAAUUAGUGAGAUUCACAUAAUAAAGAGGUAACACCAAGCAAUGUCUCUACAAUCAUAACGCACUAAUAUCUUCCAUGAAGAUCUCUUCGCGAGGUAUA